GUUGCAAACGUCGGCAGGAAUUUAAAAAUCAACGAAUCGACUGUGCGUACAAUUAAAAAGAAUCAAGAUAGCAUCAGACAGACAGCAGCUCAGGGCACUAUCUAUGCAACAAAAUCCUCAUCAUAUACACGAGAUCCAUUGAUGGUCAAGAUGGAAAAGGCACUUCAUAUGUGGAUCGAAGAUCACGCGCAGAAGAAAAUACCCUUGGAUCAGGAAUUAAUAAGGGAGAAAGCUUUGAGCCUUUACCUUUGGUUAGAGAAGAAUGAGCCGUCUUCAAGUAAAAAGAAAGACUUUACCGCGAGUAAGGGAUGGUUUUAUAACUUUAUACGUAGUAAUUCCAUUCGCAACGUUAAAAUCAAGGGUGAAUCCGCAUCGGCCGAUGUUUCGGCUGCAAAUAGUUUUCCUCCAAAGCUCGCUAAGAUCAUAAAAGAAGGUGCGUAUCAUGGUGACCAAGUGUUCAAUGGAGAUGAAACGGGUCUUUUUUGGAAAAGAAUGCCGUCUCGUACCUACAUUACGCAGCAGGAGCAAUAUGCCAGUGGUUUCAAAGUGGCCAAAGACAGGGUUACCCUGUUAUUUUGCAGUAAUGCUUCAGGCGACCUUAUGUUGAAACCGCUAUUGAUCAAUCGUGCUAUGACGCCCCGCUCGUUGAAGGGGGCUGAUUUCAACAAACUGCCAGUGCACUGGAAAGCUAACACUAAAGCGUGGGUCACAAAAGCCGUUUUUGAGGAAUGGUUUUACGAUAUGUUUAUUCCGGAAGUGAAAACAUACUUGGAAGGAAAAGGUUUGGAGUUCCACGUGCUUUUGAUUUUGGAUAACGCUCCAGGACACCUAGUUAUCAAGCACCCAAACGUUCAAGUUGUGUUUCUUCCACCGAAUACAACUUCUUUGUUACAGCCUCAAGAUCAAGGAAUAAUUGCUGCUUUCAAGAAGUUGUACAUUAAACAAUGUCUUCGGUACAUCCUCGAAAAGCUUGAAAGCGAUGAAACGAUGACGGUAAUUCAAGCGUGGAAAGAAUUUAAGAUAAGAGACGCUCUGACGUUCAUAGGAAAGGCUCUGUCUUCUAUGAAAUCUAAAACAUUGAAUUCGUGCUGGAAGCCACUAUGGCCAGAAUGCGUGAAAGCUGGUUCAACAGACCCUUCAAAUGUGGAAGAAUCAGAAAUUCUCAUUCUGGCACAUGCAAUUGGAGGGAAAGGAUUCAAAGAUAUGGAUAGUAGAGACGUUGAAGAGCUUCUUGAAGACACCGAAAUUGAAGAUGAUGAACUGAUGCAGAGUUUAGUCACAUCGGAGCCUUUAGAGGACGAUGAAGACCGGGAUAUCAAGCCAUGUGAUAUCGAAGACGGGAAUAAAUUAGCGGAUACCCUCGUAAAACAUUUUAUGGAAAAGGAUCCUUGUGUUGAGAGAGCCGUUUCAUUUCGGAAUGAUUUGAAACUGUGUAUGCUUCGCUACAAUAGAUUGAACGAAAAAACACAGCCAACAGUUAUCGAUGAAGAUGACGAGGAUUUCAGCUUACCAUUGGAACGCAGACGAUCUCGUCCGAUUUCUUCGGAUGAGGAAGAUAUCGCCACAUCAUCUAACCGCAAACAUCCACGUGUUGCUAAUGAUAGUGAUUAGAUCAAUAAAAGAAAUUCUUUUUUCCACUUGACUACAAUAAAAUUGAUUUAUGAAUACAUUGGUAAAAAUAUCAUGGUAAAAAACUAAAAAUAUGUUUAAUUAAAUUUGUCUAAAUUCCGAAAACAUUUGUUUGUAUUGUAAUUUUUUCAAAUUGCAAAAAUGCAAUUUGAAAAAAUUACUUUCGAACUACUGGACCGCUUCACAUGAUCGAUAUAUCAAAUUAAAGCCAAUUAGCUAGUCUUUCUUGAAAAAAUGUUAUACUAGCAAAACAGUUGGAUUUUGUUUUCGUAAUUAUUGAUUGUAUUUGUUUGCUUAUAGUUUACAUGAUCCAAGGACGCUAUAUUUUUUUAUGUUUCUUGAAAGUUCUGGUUUUUCCACACAAGAUAAUCGAAAAUCAGAAAUGUGAUUUUUAUCGUUUUCGAGUUAUGAGUUUGCCGAUGGUCCGAAAAAUCAGAUUUUUCUCUUUUUCUAUAAAUAACUUUUUUCUAGAAAGAAGAAGCUUUCAAGAAAAAAAUAUUUAAAAUAUAGUGCCCUUGGUCACGCAACCAUAUAAACUAUAAAAAACAAGUACAAUCAAUAGUUACGAAAACUUGGCAAAAUUGGUUGUACUGUUCGAAAAAUGAGAAAAAAUGUUACUCUAUGUUUCUAUAUUUUGUAUUUUAUAUGAAACAUCUAAAUUGGUAAAUUUUAUCAACAAUUAGAGCGACAAAAACUCUAAAGUUUUUAAUUUGUUAUUAAUUUUAUCAAAAAAAAAAUGCAUAAUAAACUUGAUUGUUUCUUGAAAUUUAAUUGAAGCUUUCUGAACGCUCUAUAAUUUGUUCUUCGACAUCUAGCUCCUAUAUUUUCUUAUUCCGCAGCAAUAUCAUUUUAAACAAUUCCUGGUGAGUCUUCAAUUAGAAUUUCCUAAUUACCACGGUUUUUACUCCAUUGUACUUAUAAUAUCCAAUAAACUUUCACCUUAACUUUGAAAUAUUACU